UUUGUGUAAUUUUUUUUUUUUUAAAUUCUAAUCAAUAUUAUUCAUUAAAAGAUGUCAAUCAAGAAAACAGUUAAUCAAGAUUUACUAAGAGAACGUCAAAGAUGUACUUUCGAUCCAGAGGAAUUGACAAUCUUUUUAGAUGGAGGAAUUGAAAAGACAGAAGAACGUCGUUCAAGAGAGAAUUAUUUCUUUUCGGAUCCUGAAUUAGAAGAUAGUGUUCCAAAUGAAUAUCUUAGUCACAAAGAAAAAUAUGAGGAAGCAAUACGUAAAACAUGUAUUAUUUUUCGAAAAGUGCAAGAAUUACAAAACAGUGGUAAAGCUGGAAUGGAUAGUUACAGAUCCGUCUUAGGUGGCCUUUUGGGAUCAUCAAUGUUAAAAGAUGGAAAUCCAUUAGCAUUACAUUAUGUAAUGUUUAUUCCAACAAUAAUGGGACAAGGUACAAUUGAACAGCAAACAGAAUGGAUGCAAAAAGCUUGGACCUGCAGUAUAAUUGGUACAUACGCACAAACCGAAUUAGGCCAUGGUACAUUUAUUCGUGGUUUAGAAACAAUUGCUACAUAUGAUCCAAAGACACAAGAAUUUAUUUUGAAUAGUCCAACUUUAACGUCUUACAAAUGGUGGCCUGGUGGACUUGCACAUACUGCGAAUUACGCUGUAGUCGUUGCCCAACUUCAUACAAAAGGCAAAAAUGAAGGAAUUCAUCCAUUCAUAGUUCAACUUCGUGAUGAAGAGACUCAUAUGCCAUUGCCGGGUAUUAAAAUUGGAGAAAUUGGUACUAAACUUGGAAUGAAUGGAACAAAUAAUGGAUAUUUGGGUUUUGAAAGUGUUCGAAUACCACGAAAAAAUAUGCUGAUGAAAAAUAAUCAAGUUUUAGAGGAUGGAACUUUUGUAAAAGCACCAAAUUCAAAAUUGACCUAUGGAACAAUGAUGUUUGUAAGAGUGGUAUUAGUCAAUGACAUGGCAAAUUAUUUGUCAAAAGCAGUUACAAUAGCUACACGAUAUGCUGUUAUCCGAAGACAAUCACAACCGAAACCAGGGGAACCAGAACCACAAAUUUUGGAUUACGUCACACAACAAUACAAAAUUUUUCCAUAUCUCUCAUAUGUGUUCGCGUUCCGAUUUUGUGCAGCAUGGCUUUGGGAUAUGUACAAUAAUGUUUCAAAUGACUUAGAAAAAGGUGAUUUGGACAGUCUUCCAGAAUUACAUUCUAUUGCAUGUUGUCUAAAAGCUGUGAGUACAGCUGAUUCGGCUGAAGGUGUUGAAAAAUGUCGUUUGUCUUGUGGUGGUCAUGGAUAUAUGACAUCAUCAAAUUUUCCUCAAACAUAUGGCAUGGUUACGGCUGCAUGUACUUAUGAAGGUGAAAAUACCGUGCUAUUAUUACAAACUGCACGGUAUCUAAUGAAAGUUUGGCCAAGAGUUAUAGCAAAACAAUCAUUAACACCGGCUGUUAGUUAUUUACAUGAAGUUAAUCAAUUGAGAGGAAGUUAUUUCUUCAUCAACACGGUGCCUGGAAUUAUUAGUGCGCUAAAAUUAGUUGCGGCUGAGAAAAUUCGAUUGAGUUACGAACACAUAGAUAAACGUUUACGUCAAGGAAUGUGCUACGAAGAUGCUUGGAAUGAUGCAUCUAUACAAUUAGUUGCAGCUGCCGAAGCACAUUGUCGAUUAAUAUUGGUAGAAAAGUUUUAUGAAACUGUUAAAACUACUACCAAAACAUUAUCUCAACCAUUACAACUAGUCUUUAUGCAAUUAUGUGAAUUAUAUGCAGUUCACACUGCUACCAAAAUGUUAGGAGAUUUAAUUCGGUUUGCUUCGUUGAAUGGUGAAGCAGUUGACAGUUUACAAGAAUGGUUAGAAAAACUUUUAAAAGAACUUCGACCAAAUGUUGUGGGUAUUGUAGAUGGAUUUGACUUGAGUGAUCGUAUUCUUAAUUCAACUUUAGGAUCGUAUGAUGGUCGUGUUUAUGAACGUUUGUUCGAAGAAGCUGCCAAGAGUCCUUUGAAUCAAGAACCUGUUAAUAAAUCAUUCCAUUUGUAUUUAAAACCUUUCUUAAAAUCAAAUCUAUAAAUUUAGUAGUAAAAUUAUUUUUUACUUAUUUUUUGUAAUUAACUGUUUUACUUAGAAAAUGUUUGUUUUUUUAUAAUAAAUUUUAUAUACAGGGU